CUCCGGUGUUUGGUUUGGGCGGGAAUUGAAACCGCCUGUGCUGCGUGCAAGAACUUUAUAGUUCCAUAUAUCCAUCCUUGAAGGUAACCAUGGUUCGGCCAGUGAGGAAUAAGAAACCAGUCAAUUACUCACAGUUUGAGGACUCUGAUGAUGAUGAUGAUUUUGUUUCUGCAACUGGACCUUUAAAUAAGAAAUCCAGAACAACACCAAAGGAGUUAAAACUAGAGAGGCCAAAACCUAAAUUAAAGAAUCUCCAGAAAGAAGACAUCCCAUUACAAGAGAAAACUCCUAAAAAAAGAAUGGCUCUAGAUGACAAGCUCUACCAGAGAGACUUAGAAGUUGCACUAGCAUUGUCAGUGAAGGAAAUUCCAACAGUAACCAUUGAUUUGGAGGACUCUCAAGGCAAUGAAAAACAUGGCAAUAGUGAAACAGAAAAAAUGGAUAAGUCUCCUCAUAUCUCCAAUUGCAGUGUAGCCAGUGAUUAUUUAGAUUUGGACAAGAUUACUGAGGAAGAUGAUUCUCAUGAUGUUCAAGGGAAAAGAAAAGCAGCAUCUAAAGCAGCAGUGCAACAGAGGAAGAUUCUUUUGGAAAGCAGUGAUGGUGACAGUGCUAACGACUCCGAACCAGACUAUGACACUGGUGAAGAUUCUGAGGAUGAUUCUGAUAUUAGUGAGAGUGAAGAUAAUGAUGAAGACUUCACUAUGACAAAAAGUAAAGAAAUUAAAAAGAAAGAAGUGAAGGUCAAAUCCCCAGUUGAAAAGAAAGAGAAGAAACCUAAGUCCAAAUGUAAUACAUUAGUGACUUCAGUAGACUCUGUUCCAGCUGCCGUCAAAUCAAAAUCUCAGCCUUCACCAAAAAAGGUUUCUCAUUCUUCAGAGGCUUCUAGGAAACCAUUGCAAAUAUGCAGUCCUCCAGCUGAAAUCAAGAGACCUAAGUGGGUCCCACCAGCGGCAUCCGGAAGUAGCUGCACCAGCAGCAGUCCACUGGCAGGGGUGUCUGUUAAGUCUCCAAAUCAGAGUCUCCGCCUUGGCUUGUCCAGAUUAGCACGAGUUAAACCUCUGCACCCAAAUGCCGCUAGUAGCUGAGUGUGGUGGUAAAGAAAUGUUUGGUUUAGAGAAUCACAGUUUGACAAGUGUUUUUAUAUUUGAUUUGUAUUUAUAUUUGAAGAGGGUAUUGUAUUAUAAAGGAAUCGUUUAACAUAAAUUGUCUUUACCCAUUUUGUGAUUAUGUUCUCUGAAAAGCUAUUCAAGACUUCAAUAAGAGCAAGUUUGUUUGUGAGAACUAUCUUGUAAUGUCAUUUCCUUCUGAAGAACAUAUUCUAUAUUCUUAUGUGUAGUAAGUCAUUGUCAUUAAGUGGUUGUCUCUUUGAAGUGGAGGAAGUCCACAAUUACGCGCUUUUUUUUUCUAGCAACAUGAGGUUUCUUUCUAGCUUUGACUAGUUUAUGGCACCUUAACUUUGUUCAGAGUUGAUCUGGCAAAAAAAAACAUCCCCAGCUUUUGUAGGAGACAUUUCUGAAAUAUGUUACUUAAACUAUAUUGUCAGUUUUAUUGCCAAGAUGUUUAUUAUUUUAGCCAAAUGUUUUAAAGUAAGAAUUGAGAAUGAUUUUACACAUUAAAACAGUUGCUAAAAUAUGGCAUAUGUCUCCUACUUAGAUAGAGAUGGUUAUUGUAUAGGAAAUAGAAUUCAUGACAUUUUAUGAAGCCCUCAUGGUCAAAACCUUUAAUAAACAUGAAAAAGUUUUGAUAAACUCUUUUCCUUUUAGACAUUGUAUCCAUCUGUCUCUGCAUUUCAUGAUGAAAUGAAUGCUUAGCAAAAAACAAGAGCAUUUUGUUAUAAAUAUAAGGGGUGGGGGCUGUUCAAGUAAUCACUUUUUGUUGAGUCAUUGCAUUAGAGGGUGAAUGUCAAGUACCUGCCUAGUCCUCCCUAUUGUGAUAUUAGAUAAUGUAGCAUUUCAGGAAACUUAGAUCUGAAUUUGUUGUGAAUAAAACUAGUAAUAGAUAGUUUAUAUUUAUGGUGAGAAUUUCAACCAACUCCUGAUUACUUUUUAAUAAAAAUUCUUCAAGUCACAUUAACCAUUAAAAAAUGUAUAAUAUGUAGCUCAGUUCUUGGAUUAUGGAAAUGUCUAUGUUAAUAUGAAAAUAAGUAAUUUAGAAUUAUGAUUAAAGUGAGCAUUUACUUAU